AUGAGCAUAAUCGCAGGGUCGUACGAGAGAUACAUAUGGGGUUUCAAGCUUAAACCCUCCAAGCACGACGCCGAUAACCAAACCCUAACCCUUUCCCCUCUCUUCUCCUACCCUUCCCACAUCUCCUCCAUCACAACCGUUGCUUGCUCAGGCCCCGCCGCUGCUUCCGGCGGCUCCGACGAUACCAUCCAUCUUUACGAUCUCCCUUCCGCCUCUUCCCUUGGCUCUCUCCUCGACCACAAUCACACCGCCUCCAUCACUGCUCUCUCCUUCUACACUCCUUCUUCCCUCUCGUUCCCUCGCAAUCUCAUCUCCGCCGCUGCUGAUGGCUCCGUCGCUAUCUUCGACACCGACCCUUUCGUUCUUCUCAAAUCCUUCCGUCCUCAUAAGAAGGCAGUCAACGAUUUGGCUAUUCAUCCUUCUGGGAAGCUCGCUCUUGCGGUUUACCGCGACGAGUGCUUCGCGAUGUUGAAUCUGGUGAGAGGAAAGAGGAGUUUCUGUUGCAGGCUAGGCCACGAGGCCAGCCUUGUCAAGUUCGAUCCGACCGGUGAAAGGUUUUUCAUGGUGGUCAAUAGCAAGGUUGGAGUUCAUCACUCGGAGGAUGCUAAGCUUCUUCUCGAGCUCGAAAAUCCUAUCCGCAAGCGUAUUCUAUGCGCUUCUCCAGGAGAGAGUGGAACUCUGUUUACAGCUGGUGAGGAUCGGGCCAUAACAGCUUGGGACACAAAUAGUGGGAAGCUUGCUUAUUCCAUAGAGGAUGCUCACCCAGCUCGAAUCAAAGGUGUUGUCGUGCUUACCAGGAAUGAUAGUGACGGUGCAUCAGAAGAUCCAUAUUUGAUUGCUUCUGCAUCUUCUGAUGGGAUCAUACGUGUCUGGGACGUGCGAAUGGCGGCUAAAGAGAAGGCAAAACCAUUAGCCGAGACAAAUACUAAAUCAAGGCUUACAUGUCUUGCCGGGUCAGCUCUUAAAUCUAUGAGACGGCCAAAUAUUGGGAAGCAAGCUCAGAAGGUAGAAGAAGGGAAUGAGAAGUCAGGAUGA